AUGGACGUUGAUUCCAUUGGAGAAGAUUUAGACCCAUAUGUCAUUGCCGCGAGGCAGCGCAUUGAGGAACAACAAGCCUCACUUGCCUUGGCAAAUACAAAUGCUCCCAGACUUGAAGACAACUCAGGCUCAAUGACACUGACAUUCUCAUCCGAUUUAUUCAAUGCAGGUACUGUGCGCCGCCGGACAGAUAGUGACCCUCUCCCCCCCCCAGGAUUCGAGUUCGCUUCCCAGGCCCCAAUUAUGUUCACCACAGACCGCGGAAAGGAGCUCUUGAAUAUGAGGAACUUGUCGCCAGAGUCAGUAACUCAGGCCGAGGAAUUCUUGAGGGCUUACAUGUGUAUGGAGUGUCCGGAUACAGUAGAGAAUAUGUUUCGGCUGUAUUUGAAUGUUCUCCAGAAUCAGGACAUGUUGCGCAUCAUGUUUAAGGACAGCGCGCUGAAAUACAAACCAACAGAAGAUGUCAAGAAGACGGCCAUAGAUUAUGCAAACCUGUUCCUGUGCUCUCCGACAGUUUUUGCCUAUAAGCAUGACUCGUUACCUCAAAAAAUUGUUGAUACUAUGCGUGAAAUGAAGAUUUCGGACUUACCACCAGCACAUGAAACCGGGCGCUGUAAAGUUAUUUCAGCUGAAUGCGGAGGAGCAUUGAUUCAUGGCCGGCAUGCUAUCAAGGAAAAGAUUAGUGCGAGUAUUGGUCCAAAGACUGACAUUGCAAUUUUGGUGCGACAGAUCAUACAGGGAACAAAAUCUCGUCCGACACUUGCAUUAUACAUACGGAUUGCAUUUCUGGGCCUAUCUAAUGAGCAAAAACUCCAGCGACGCGUGUUCAUUGACACCGAGGAUGCAAAAUUGAAGCAAGAGAGAGAAGCAGCUGAGAAGGCCUCUGAGUCAACAGGGGUUAAGAACGAAGAACAGACCUUGGACGACUUUUGGGGGAUAGUGGACAAGAAGUUGGAAUCUUACCGGACCCAGGUUCCAGACACGGCCAUAAGAUUCGAGGUAUACAAAGGGAUUUAUGAUGAUGAUGUUAAGCUUUUCCCGCGGGAUAGUUCAUUGGGGGCAGAUCUUGUUGUACGCGAAAAGGAUGUUGAGCCAUGGAUUCUCAGUAUUCAAGCUCGUAGUCAGUAUUUACCCUCAUAA